UGACGAACCGCCAGAUGGGGCGCACGUAUUUUGCCCCACAUUAUUCGAAACUUCGAAACUUUACCCCCAUACUAAAAACUACACUAACCACAUAAUCCUAAAAUUCUAUAAUAUAUUUAAUACCGCACUGACUUUCUGUGUUCAUUUUUAAUAUUUCCAAAUAAAUUGAAUUUAUACAAUCAACUUUAUGAACUAUGCAUAAGAUAACUAUAAAUUGUAGACAUUUAUGUUAAUUUGAUCGUCACAAAUUUGUAUGAGAGAAUUUGAAUCUGGUGUCACCUGGAAGACUUCUUUUACUACGCACCCCAGAGGAGUCAGCCCAACUUUAAGUACCAAGUAAUCAUCUGAGGAUGACCUACCACGCAGUAUGGAGGUAAAAAGGGAAAAAUCAGGCAGCUUAUCGCCAGUAAGACCAACGUCGAAGCGAGACAGUGGAGACGAAGGAAAAGGAUCCAGGUCGAGCAGUAAAUCAGAUAAGGAGCUAAAAUUACCUCCAGAGAAGUCACCCUGUGAUGACGUCACAGUGAAGAAAGAAAGGCGUCUUUCAAGAAAUAGCGACAAUUCCAAGGACACUUUUGAAAGGCAAGAUUCGAAAGCAACUUCACUGUCGAGCCCGAAAGUAUCAAGAAAAUACUUCACGAACUGGCGGCAAGCAUGUGACAAGACAAAAGACAAGACGAAAGAGCUAUUAAAAAGGUGGAGGACGCUGCCCGAGGCGGAGGCGGUAGAGAACCAGAUGCAGCCAGCCGGAAACCACGAGUACGAGAAGCACCACGGCUGGAGUGUUCAUGUUUGGACAACAUGGGUGAACCGGUGCAGCGAAGAUCUGGAAUGUUUGGAUCUGGAGGACGAGCAGCCGUUGGCCACCCUUAGCUCCGUGCAGAAUGACAAGAUGACGCUCUUCUUCACUGAACUGCUGGACCACGACCGUGAUGACGUCAUCGCCGAUCAUGACUUUGACCACUUCUUUGAUAAACUGGCUCAUUUCGCGGAUUGGUCCACAAACUCAUCAGAAUUCCACAUUCUACUUGAGGUGAAGCAGGAAUUUAUAGAACACUUCAUCAACCCAUUGCCUUCAAAAUGGGGCGAACUGCCCUAUUACAAACGUGUAUGUGGACCCGACGCUGAUACCCUCGGCCUGCCAGGACGCACCACACUGGACGGAUGGCUGGCGCGUUGGGCUCUCCAUCUCAGCGUGAUGAAGAGAUUCACCGACCUUCCACUGUACCUACAAUAUCUCUGCAAGAUCUUAUUUCACGUCGUCGACAGGAAUAGCACUGGUGAAAUAACGAAGUCAGCGCUGGCAUCGUUUUACCGCUCCGUGAUUGGCCUCACCGCAACGCGAGUCGACGAGAUUAUCGACACCGCGUACGACAGGAUGACCAGCAACGGCUACUUGAUUCUGGAUUACGGCACGUACGUGCACUGCUUCACCAACUGGUUGAUGGGGAAGAAUCCCAAUGGACCUGGACAGUGGGUUUUAGUGCCCCCAAAGGACUCCCUUCCUCAACCUCCUUUUCCCGUGGACUACAGCGCUUUGAACACCGAACCAGACAAACUGGAACCCUAUGCACCUGAUAAGAAGACGAACAGGCAUUCCGUUAUCGUAUAGACAUCGAAGACACCUUUACUGCAUCACCUGUAAUGAACCGUGAACACCGACAGAACUAUAGCUGAAUCUUGAAUAAAUAAAUUUUAUCUAAGAAAUGAGUAGAUAUGCUGAUAAGUAGUAAGUGAAACGUAGUCAAUUUUUUUGGUCUGAAAAUAAGGUUCUUUUACAAACUAGUAUUUUAAAUGAACCAGACAU